AUGACCGGAACAAAUGAUGAUGAUGAAAUAUGUCUAAUUAAUGCUGGGGAUAUAAUGGUCAAGUUCUUUGCCUUUGGAUGUUUCAAGCACUGGGAAGAGAUGACUGCAAGAAGUGGAGGAUAUGUUUAA